CGAGUCCGCUCAGCGCGGAGUGAGGACCCGGACAGCGAAGGGUUGGGGCCGCGCAGCCUCGGGUCCCUUCAUGCAGGGCGGCCGGGAAGGGGGGGCCCUGCUGGCGCAGGAAUGACGCUGCGGGCAGGGGUCUGCCCCCUUCGUGGGAUUAUACCCCCCUCCGUGGUGGACUCGGCUGCAAAAGCGAAGGCCCCCGUUAUCCGUAGUGUUUCCCACCCUGGCUGUGGUGCGGGGGUAACGCAGGCUGCUCAGGACCGCAUCUCCCGCUCCCGCUCGCAUGGCGGACAAGAAGGUAGUGGUGGUGUUUGGAGCCACGGGUGCCCAGGGGGGCUCAGUGGCCCGGACGCUCUUGGAAGAUGGGACAUUCAGGGUUCGGGCUGUAACCCGGGACCCUGGGCAGAAGGUAGCAAAGGAACUGAAGCUGCAAGGUGCAGAAAUAGUGCAGGGAGACCAGGAUGAUGAGGCCAGCAUGAAACUGGCUCUGACCGGGGCUCACGCCACCUUCAUCGUGACUAACUACUGGGAGAACUGCAGCCGGGAGCAGGAGGUCAAGCAGGGAAAGCUGCUGGCCAAUUUGGCCAAGCGCCUGGGCCUUCACUAUGUGGUCUACAGCGGCCUGGAGAACAUCAAGAAGCUGACGGCGGGGAGACUGGCAGCAGGCCACUUUGACGGCAAAGGAGAGGUGGAGGAAUAUUUCCGGGACAUCGGUGUUCCCAUGACCAGUGUGCGGCUGCCCUGCUAUUUCGAGAACCUCCUCUCCUACUUCCGACCCCAGAAAGCCCCGGAUGGAAAGAGCUACUUGCUGAGCUUGCCCAUGGGUGACAUACCCAUGGAUGGCAUGUCCGUCACCGACCUGGGCCCUGUGGUACUCAGUCUGCUGAAGAUGCCAGAACAAUACAUCGGCCAGAACCUUGGGCUCAGUACCUGCAGGCACACAGCGGAGGAGUAUGCUGCCCUGCUCUCCAAGCACACUGGGAAGACCGUGCACGAUGCCAAGACAACCCCUGAGGACUACGAGAAGCUUGGCUUCCCUGGUGCCCAGGACCUGGCCAACAUGUUCCGUUUCUAUGCCUUGAAACCCGACCGGAACAUCGAACUGACCCUGAGGCUCAACCCCAAGGCCAGGACACUGGAUCAGUGGCUGGAGCAGCACAGAGAAGACUUUUCCAGGUUGUGACCCUGCCCACCUCUCAAUGCCAUCUAGGGGGAGGGGAGGCGCAGUCACAAUGAUCCUUUCUUAUGUUACAGAAAAGUUAUUUUUUAAAUAAAAACCAUUGUUCUCACAGA